AUGAUAAUUGAUUUACAUACCGUUCGCACAUCAAACCAAAGUGUCUUAAACGCAGCUGACCUCGGUACGGAAGUUUAUAUGAGCCCAAAUCCUACAUCUACGAAAACUGGUCCCGAACAGCUCCAAGAGCUGUACACUAACUUACAGGCUAAUUUCAACGUUAAAGCCAUCUGGAUACAGGUCACAUCACCGGUUAAGUGGGAACCUACAGUUGCCAAAAAUAUACAGUUCAUAAGUAGUAUUAUACAGGCAGCCAAGGCAUAUGGAUUAGCAGUUGGCAUUUAUACUAGUGCUUACGAUUGGCAACAAAUCACAAAUGACUGGUUGGGACCCACUGACACCCUUCUAUGGUAUUGGAGCGUACUCGGACCUGGUCCGAUGGCGGAAACAUCUAACAAUUUUGAGGAUUAUCAUCCGUUUGGACCGUGGAAAACGCCUGCUGUUAAACAGUUUGGACAACAGGAACCUAUCUGUGGUCAGACGGUGAACAGAGAUGUAUUCACUCCAACAGUGCUCGCAGCGCGAUCAGCCUUUACUGCUUCAGAUGGUAAAAUUCAAAUUGGCGGCUAUGUUUGA